AUGCGGUUCAAAACGGACCUCAAGAAUGUGAGGACCUUUUCUAAACUCACGGCGGCGCUCAACUCGCUCGAGAAGAUCGCGUGGGUGCGUCUCGACGAUGACACGGUCCGCUUCACCGUGAUUCCCGACACGGGGUCGCAAGUCUGGGCCUCCCUGUCCGUCGACCUCAUCUUCGACAACUACCACAUCGAAUCAGCCGAAGCCAACAACACCAUCAACUUCGAACUCCCCCUCGGCCCCCUCCAACGGGCCCUCAAAUCCGCCGUCGGCAGCAGCUACGCCAACCUCCGCCUCACCAAACGCGACGGGCUCCCCAUGUUAUCCAUGACCAUCCACACCAUGACCAAAGAUGGCAAUGGCCCUGGCCCCGGCCUCGGCGGCCCAAACCGAGCCACCACCACCGCCAACGCCGACCCCGACGCGGGGUUGCUGGGCUUGCCAUCGUCGACAGCCGACUUUACGCAGGAAUCCCUCGAGCUGACCAUGAAGCGCGAGCGCGAAAAGAUCAUCACGCAGGAUAUUCCCGUGCGUGUACUACACCCCGACACAGUCGAGACUAUCAUGCAGCCCAAAGUGCGCGAGCCCGAUGUGCACAUCCAGUUGCCGCCGCUGCUGCAGCUGAAAGCGAUAUCUGAUCGGUUCACCAAGUUGGCCGUGACGGCUGCUUCCUCGUCUGGGAACACCCGUGGUGGUGGUGGGGGUACGGGGUCAGGUGCUGGUGGGUUGGGGGGGUCGUCGUCGCCAAAACUGACGCUUUCGGCUAACAUGCAUGGCUCGCUGCGUCUGCGGCUGACCACUGAAACGCUGGAUAUCACAUCAGUUUGGCACGGGCUGGAGAACCCGGAGCUGGACCCGACGCAGCUGGCCGUUCCGCUGGAGGAGCACCCGUCGACCGUGUUUAAGGAGGCUGGGCCGGAUAGGUGGGCGACGGUACGGGUGGAUGGGAAGGAUUGGAGUCGGGUGCUGAGUGUGGGGAGGCUGGAGGGGAGGGUGAUUGCUUGUUUUGCGGACGAGCAUGCGUUGAUUUUGUAUGUAUAUGUGCCGCAUGUGGAUGACGUUGGGAUGGAGGAUGUGGUGACGUAUUAUGUGACGAGUUUUAGUGCGUGA